GUAUGACCGACAGCAUAAAGUACGGGAACGCUCUGUAACUUCCACUGACAGCUGCACAAACCGGCACAGCGAGAAGACAAACAAUUUGCGGAGUCACAACCGAAACAGUGCAAAAAUGGAGUGGACCCCAAUGGAGAUCAACCCCGAGAUGCUCAACAAGAUGAUGAGCAAGCUAGGCGUGGGGGACAGCUGGCACUUCGUUGAUGUGCUGGGGCUGGAGAGUGAGCAACUCUCCGCCAUCCCGAAACCAUGCUGUGCCCUGAUGCUGCUCUUCCCACUGACACAACAGCAUGAGUCUUUCAGACAGCAGCAGGCAGACAAGGUGGCAGGAGGCUCUGACGUUUAUUUCCUGAAGCAGACUGCAGUCAAUUCCUGUGGCACCAUUGCCAUGCUGCAUGCUGUGGCCAACAACAAAAGCAAACUGACAUUUGAUAGUGACUCUGCCCUGAAGAAGUUUCUAGAUGAGACUGAAAACAUGUCAGCUGAUGACCGUGCCAAACACCUGGAGAAAAACAAGGCAAUCUGUGAGGCCCACAAUGAGGUUGCAGUGCAGGGCCAGUGUAGGCCGGAAGCUGACAAAGUCAACUUCCACUUCAUUGCCUUUGUCAAUGCAAAUGGACAACUUUAUGAAUUUGAUGGAAGAAUGAAUGGCCCAGUGGAGCAUGGAGCUACCAAAGAUGGAUCAUUUAUAACUGAUGCAUCUAAAGUGUGCCGUGGAUUCAUGGAGAGAGAGCAAGGCGAGGUCCGUUUCUCUGCUGUGGCUCUUUGUCAGAGUUAAAUGUUCGGUAGGACACACAACCAAAUUGUAAACCAAAAUGUCCUGAAGCAUUCACAUGGCAAACACUAUCAGCAGGCACCCAGAACAACCUGUGAACACACACAUCUGCAGACACUAUGCACUAUAAAGCACAUAUUGUUGCCACAUACUGUACUUUUAUCUCAUGAACAAAGCAUUCUUUAGCACUUGUACACAUAAACACAAGCACACCAUUAAAACCUUUUGUUCUGCUGACAUUAACCGAUACAAGCUAGCUAAGCCUUUUUUUUUUUUUUAAUGGGAUAUCAUUCAGCAAUGGGAAUUGUAAAACAUGAGGUCGGAUAUCACCACUGCUUGUGUGUGUGUGUAUUUGUCUUUUUUGCAACUUUUUCGUAUGUAACCAUUGGUGCACCUGUGU